UGGGGAAGGGAGAGUUGGGGGGUAGGGAAGGGUAUCAAGGGAUAACACCCUAUUGUGGGUUUGUGGAGAAUGGGGGACUUCGAGGCGCACCAGUUUCAGGAGGGUGAGGGCAGGAGUGCAGGUGGAGUCAGCAGGUCCCCAUGAUAGUCCUCAUUGAGAACUUCGCCCUUGUCUCCCACAAGCUCUGACUCCAUUCCCAGUGGGCACCCAGCACCUCCAACCCCUCCACAGCCCCCAAGCCAGCCUCUGUCAGAGGCAAAUUCUCAGAGUGAGGGUUCCCUGUCACUUGAGUGAAGGUUCCCUGUGGCGUGACCUUGGGGGAUGUCAUUGCCCUUUCUGUCCCCAUCCACCCCCUCAGCGGUUCUGUUGGCCAGGACUUUGGCCUAGACAAAGGAUGGGGGUGGUGGCUGUGGAGCGGAAGUGGGUCUCAAACGCUAUAAAGCCUCUCUAUGCCUGUCCGGAGCUGGUGAGGACAGCCCGCGAGUCUGGUCUCCCGACACCAUGGGCACACGAUUCCUCCUGGCUCUGUGUCUCAUCCUCCUGGUACUGGGAUUCGAGGUCCAGGGGGCCCAACUCCCCCAGCAAGAUGAGCGGCCCAGCCCGGCCUUGCUCAGCCAGGUGCAGGAAUCUCUCUCCAGUUACUGGGAGUCAGCAAAGGCAGCCGCCCAGAAGCUGUACGAGAAGACAUACCUGCCUGCUGUAGACGAGAAACUCAGGGACUUGUACAGCAAAAGCACAGCAGCCAUGAGCACUUACACAGGCAUUUUUACUGACCAAGUUCUUUCUGUGCUGAAGGGAGAGGAAUAACAGCCAGAGGAAUAAGACCCUCCAUCUGUGGACAAGGGGCGAGUCCCCCGCUCCCCUGAUCCCCCAGGUUUGGACUGAGCUCCCCCUUCCCAGUAGCUCUUGCAUCCUGCUCCCAACUCUAGCCUGAAUUCUUUUCAACAAAAAAUACAAUUCAAGUUGCUUCUCAUGGAUGGCACUGCUUUUCUGAGGACUCAGGGGCCAAGAUGGAGGGGCUGACUCAGUCCAGCCAACAUUUAAUCAGCACCUACUGUUGUGUAUGGAGUCCUAACCCAUGGGUCCGUGGGAAUAAAACAGUGAAUAGUAACAAUAAAUAAUCGAAACAGCAA